GGGUGGGGGGGGGGUGGGGGGGGGUCACAUGGAGCUGAGCCGGACCCGAGCGAGGUGUCAAAGUCUGCGCGUCCCCGAGGAGGACGCGUCCCGUAUUCCGCUCGUCCGGUCCACCGGGCGACUCAGCAGACCACCCUGCAAAACUGUCGAUUUGAAGAAGAAAAUCAUCGUGGUCAGCCAUCAGCAUGGGCUUCAAUGAGCUGCUAGACGAGAUGGGCGGUUUCGGGCGGUACCAGUGGCUCCACGUGACCCUCAUCAGUUUCCCAAGCCUGCUGAUGGCGAGUCAAAACCUCCUGAACAACUUUGUCUCAGGAACCCCCGGCCACCGCUGCAGCUUGUCGGCCAAUCACAGCCUCUGGAACCUCACGGAGCAGGUGGAUCGCCAGGACGUGUUGAAGGCCUUCAUCCCGCUGGACUCUUCGGGAACUGGACUCGACCGCUGCAGGAGGUACGUGACGCCUCAGUGGCAGAUGCUAACAGCUAACGGCUCCGUUAACACCAGCCACCUGCAAACCGAAAGCUGCGUGGAUGGUUGGACCUUUGACGACUCCGAGUUCCUUGCCACCACUGUUUCCGAGUGGGAUCUGGUGUGCACCCUGCGGCCCCUCAAGCAGAUGAUCCAGACGGUGUACAUGGGCGGCGUUCUAGCGGGUGCAGUCCUCUACGGUGGACUGUCCGACAGGUUCGGGCGGCGCUCUGUCCUUAUUUGGUCGUACCUGCAGCUGGGCAUCCUGGGCUCUUGCGGCACACUGUCGCAGUCCUACUCGGUCUACUGCGUGUUCCGCUUCCUGAGCGGCAUGGCGGUGUCGGGCAUCAUACUCAACUCGGUUUCCCUGAAGGUGGAGUGGAUCCCGACUAAAACCAGGACUCUGGUGGGCACGCUCACCUCCUUCUACUUCACCUUUGGUCAGCUAAUCUUGGCGGGCUUGGCUUAUUGGUUGAGGGACUGGAGGAAGCUGCAGCUGGUGGUGUGCGCUCCCCACAUCCUCUUCUUUGCCUACAGCUGGUGGUACUCUGAGUCGGCGCGGUGGCUGGUCCUCAGGCGAAGAUCGCAGGACGCGUUGAAGACUCUCCACAGAGUCGCUCGCAUCAACGGAAAACCCGAAGUGGUGGACAAGCUGACGCUGGAGGUGCUUCACUCCCACAUGAGCAAGGAGCUGGAGUCCAAUCGUAAGAUGCUGACCGCCUACGACCUGCUGAGGACGCCAGGCAUGAGACGCAUCUCCGUCUGCCUCAUCGCCGUCUGGUUCUCCACCAGCUUCGCCUACUACGGCUUGGUGAUGGACAUGCAGAAGUUUGGGGUGAGUAUUUACGUGAUGCAGCUCAUCUUUGGAGCUGUGGAUUUUCCUGCCAAAUUUGUGGCUCUGGGCAUGCUCAGUUUCCUCGGGAGGAGGGUGACUCAGGCCCUCUGCCUCUUCAUGUCCGCCCUCGUCAUCUUCGCCAACAUCUUCGUCCCGAUGGACAUGCAGGCCAUCAGAACGACGUUAGCGUGUCUCGGUAAAGCCUUCACGUCGGCGUCCUUCACCACUGUCUACUUGUACACCGGAGAACUUUACCCCACCAUCAUCAGGCAAACUGGAAUGGGUCUGGUGUCCACCAUGGCCAGGGUGGGCAGCAUGGCGGCGCCCGCCGUCCUCAUUCUGGACGAGGUGUUCCCUGCUCUGCCCAGCGUGGUGUACGGGGGGGCGGCCGUGCUCGCUUCGGGCUUUGCUUGCUUCUUGCCAGAGACGCUCAACGUUCCGCUGCCGGACACCGUCCGAGACGUGGAGGAGAGAUGGUCUGGAAGAAGUCCCGCUGACCAGAAGGAGAAGGAGGCCGUGUCCUCAGAAGACGAGCAAGCGGCGUUGUCUUUAAAACAAGUGAAGGAAGUUGAAGGGAGCGGUCUCAACGCCCUCUGACCAAUCACACCUCCCAUCCUAGCCGUUCAUUCACAGACCCGAUCAUGUGGUCUGCAUUUAUUUGUUAGACGGCACAGUAAUCACGUGACUUGUGUAUUUAUAAUUGUAACACAGUCACGCGUGGCUUUUCUGAAUAUGAAAUAAUGAUUGAUCGGAGGCCUCGUCAAUGUAUUCUUGUUUAAAUGACGACAUCGAUGAAGGGGGCAAUGUGGCCGGUUGAAUUUACAACUGUACUGCAAUCCUAAUCUUGUAUGUCCACAAACGAGUUGAAAUAAAUGAUGUAUGAGGGC